AUUUGUUACGGCUAACUUCACUAUCUUCCCUUUUACAUCGUGUUUUUGAAACUGAAAGGUGGGUUUUUGGAGAGUGCUAUCUUUUACAAUAUUAACUAUAUUAAGAAGUGUUCAUUUAUCAGCCUUGUUCUAUAUUUCUAAUCUUAUAGAUAACAUACAAUGCCACAAAAUGAAUAUAUGGAACGCCACCGUAAGCUAUAUGGCCGACGGUUAGACUAUGAAGAACGUAAGAGAAAGAGGGAGGCACGUUUGCCAAAAGAACGUGCCAGAAAGGCAAGAAAGUUGAGAGGCAUCAAAGCAAAAAUUUUCAAUAAGGAGCGCAGAAAUGAGAAAAUACAAAUUAAGAAGAAAAUCCAAUCUCACCAGGAGAAGAAAAUUACUAAACAACUAAAGGAUGUUGAAGAAGGCGCAAUUCCCCACUACCUCAUGGAUAGAGGAACUCAGUCCAGCGCUAAAGUACUUUCAAAUAUGAUCAAACAAAAAAGAAAAGAAAAAUGUGGAAAGUGGGACGUUCCUAUUCCAAAAAUUCGUGCACAGUCCGAUAUGGAAGUGUUUAAAGUUCUAAAGACGGGAAAGUCGAAAAGAAAGUCUUGGAAGAGAAUGGUAACAAAAGUAACAUUUGUAGGUGAGAACUUUACGAGGAAGCCCCCAAAAUUCGAACGGUUUGUAAGACCUAUGGCUCUCCGUAUGAAAACUGCCCAUGUUACGCACCCCGAAUUAAAGGCAACAUUUCAGUUACCUAUAAUUGGUGUCAAGAAGAAUCCAAGUUCUCCUAUGUACACAUCUCUAGGAGUUGUCACAAAAGGAACCGUACUUGAAGUUAAUAUAUCGGAGCUGGGAUUAGUGACUCAAAGUGGAAAGGUUGUUUGGGGAAAGUAUGCGCAAGUGACAAAUAAUCCCGAGAACGAUGGGGUGAUCAAUGCUGUUCUUUUGGUUUAAGAUUUCCCGUAGCAUAUACUCAGACUUCAAGUUUGAAGCCUAAAAGCACGACAAGAUGCAGAUAUUUGUUAAGACCCUUACGGGCAAGACUAUAACCCUAGAGGUUGAGCCAUCUGACACUAUCGAAAAUGUCAAAGCCAAGAUUCAGGACAAAGAGGGAAUUCCACCGGAUCAACAACGAUUAAUUUUUGCCGGAAAACAAUUGGAAGAUGGCCGAACAUUGUCUGAU